AUGGCUGCAGCUUCACCCCCGCGUCACUUCAAAAGACCCCUCCAUCGGCGGACCCCCUCUAGUCUCGAAAUCGUCCAGGAGGAAAUAUCCAACAUGGCGACCCCAGAGGAUGCAGAUGGGAGCGGCCUACCCAAGUCGAGAUCAGAGCCACAGCUGGGAGUUUUUGAGCUGUCAGCGCGUCCGACACCAGGCGACUCUACCCAUGCUGGCUCGGCGCUACUCGAUGAGCCAGUCUCCUCCACCAACCCGCAGCCGCUUUCUACACCUGGCCUCUCCCGUUCUGCCUCCUUCUCCAACAGCUCCUAUCAUGAUGAGUCCGAUUUUGAAGAUGCCGCCUUUUUCCCGCCCGUCGAGAAGCUUACCAUGUUCGACUUUGUCGAGAACCUCGCCCUAUCGCAGCGCAUCGAGAAGAUACAGAGCUCCAUAGCUUCCCAGACGGAGAGGAUCAAGAACCAGGCAAAGAACCGGGGCAUUACAAAAGAUCGCGUCGUGGAAGAAUGGCGACGGAGAGUUCCAUCUGAGGCAGAACAACUUGAGAAAUACAAGAGGCGCAUGCGCCACUCGGUGGAUCGUCUAAAUCGCCGCUGGAACGAGUCGCUCACUGUCACUGCGCGUGAGAAGGCUUCCUUCAUUGCUGCCGUCAUGAACAUCUUCGUCUCAGGAUACCUUGUCGGGUGCCAUCCGGAUCUACUUCCACACUGGUACACUGCGCAGUUACUCUACUUCAUGCCUCUUCGCUUCUUCACCUACCACAAGAAGGGCUACCACUACUUUCUCGCAGAUCUGUGCUACUUCGUCAACAUACUACUCGUUUUGAGUGUGUGGGUCUUCCCGCAGUCUAAGCGUCUGUUCAUUGCAACAUACUGCCUCUGCAUGGGAAACAACGCUGUUGCCAUCGUCAUGUGGCGUAAUUCGCUUGUCUUCCACAGCAUGGACAAGGUUGUCAGUUUGUUCAUCCACAUCAUGCCCUGUGUCACGCUACACUGCCUUGUUCACCUGCUUUCGCCAGAAUAUCAGCAAGAACACUAUCCCGCCAUCUACGAUAUCCGCCACUCCGAUCCAACUUCACCCCACCAUUACAGUCUGCUGCAGAUGAUGCUGUGGGCCACUGUACCGUACGCUUUCUGGCAGCUGGGCUACCACUUUCUCAUCACAGUACGCCGCCGUGACAAGAUUGCGGCGGGUCGGCCUACUAGCUUUACAUGGCUGCGGAAGUCGUAUGCCAAAACAUGGAUCGGCAAGAUCGUUCUCUCGCUGCCCGACUUCCUGCAGGAGCCUGCCUUCAUGUUCAUCCAAUACAGCUAUGCUGUUUUGACCAUGCUACCAUGCCCGGUUUGGUUCUGGUACCGCUGGCCCUCAGGUCUGUUCCUUAGCGUCGUCUUCAUCUGGAGUGUCUACAAUGGCGCCACCUACUACAUCGAUGUCUUUGGUAAUCGCUUCCAGAAAGAGCUUGAACAGCUCAAGGCGGAUAUGGCCAAAUGGCAAGCGUCACCUGAAGGUGGCUUUACGCCCUUCACACCAAUGGAGGGCGGAAAUGAGAAGCAACUAGGUUAUAUCCCUCCACUCGAAGGCUCUACAAGCGUCAAGCCCGUGGAUGGAGAGACAAGGGAAAGGAAGUAG